ACCACACAAAACAUUCCCAUUCUUGUGUUUCUUGAAAACUUUCAGUACUAAACAACCAUUACAUUCGCAAAGAGGCAGAGAGAGCAAAAAAGAAUGAGUGAAUCGCUAUGCAGCGGCGGCGGGAUCUUCCAAGCCUUAAACGGCCACGUCUCCGGCAACGGGACGCAGACUCUGGUCCUGUCCCAUGGCUUUGGGGCCGACCAGACCGUUUGGCACCAUGUCGUGCCGUUCUUUGCAUACUUCUUCAAAGUGGUGGUCUACGACUUGGCCUUCGUCCACCCAGGCGUGUUCGGCGCAGCCGCGAGCAAGUACUCAGACCUGGGGGGUUACGCUGAAGACUUGGUGUGCCUUCUUGACGAGCUGAAGGUGAAGAGGAGCAUCUAUGUCGGUCACUCCAUGUCGGCCAUGAUCGGGUGCUUGGCCGCAAUACGCAGGCCCGACCUCUUUGAACACCUUGUGCUGCUCAGUGGAUCUCCAAGGUACCUCAACGCCGAAGGAUACGUCGGAGGCCUCGAUGAAACAGCGAUCAACUCGCUACUCCAAUCGAUGCGCGCGGAUUACUCAGGUUGGGUCCAUGAUUUCGCUCCGAAACCAAUAGCCCUGAACAACACGAGUGCACUGAUGGAGUUCGAGCGCAGCUUGGGAAGACUAGAGCCCGAAAUCGCGGUGAGCGUAGCUAAGACCGUGUUCCUGAGCGAUCUGAGAUGGGCUCUGCCGAAAGUGCUUGUUCCGUGCUCCAUCAUUCAAUCCCAAGAGGACGUCGUCGUGCCGGCGUCGGUCUCGUAUUACAUGAAGAGCAAGAUUGGGAAUGGUUCCUCCGAGGUGAAAAUACUAAGGACCCAAGGCCACCUUCCAAUGCUCACUGCUUAUCCUUUACUUCUGGAUGCCUUGAAGGGGACAAUUUUAACUUCGCUUGACGUCCGGUUUGCAUGAAGGAGAAGUAAUCAAAAUCUUCCUUAGAGCUGGCCCGCCUCAUUAUUUAGUUGGGACCAAUAUUACCCAAUUUAUUUUUAGUUAAGUUUGUACGAAGGUGAUGUUUAUAUUGAGAGGGUUUUCUUUGAUUCGAGACUGAGAAAAGCAGGAACAUCUUGACGAUGGUUUAAUCCCGAUCCUCUUUUUUAUCUAUCAUAUGUAUUUUUCAUUUUAUAUAUUAUAAUGAAAAUACACUCUUGGUCCCCUUA